CUAUAUAUUCCACUGCUUCCCCUUCAACAACCCUAAUUUGUGCUCUGUGCUCCAAGCAAAAGCAGCUCCAAAUCAACAAUUUCUGUGCUGCAAUGGGUUCCAGCGAGUUGGCUUGCAUAUACGCCUCUCUCAUUCUCCACGAUGAAGAGAUCCCAAUUAGCGCGGAGAAAAUCAAUACUUUGUUGAAGGCUGCUAAUGUUUGUGUUGAGUCCUACUGGCCCGGCCUCUUCGCCAGACUCGCCAACAGCAGGAACAUCGAUGACCUCAUUUUUAACUGUGGCACCGCCGGCGGUGCUGCCGUUGCCGUUUCCGCUCCUGCCGCUGCCGCCGGUGGUGGUGGUGCUGCCGCCGCACCUGCUGCUGAGGAAAAGAAGGAAGAGCCGAAGGAAGAAAGUGACGACGACAUGGGUUUUAGUUUGUUUGAUUAGAUCUUUUUUAUAGUUUAUUGUAGCCAGACUAGGACUCCUUUCGAGAGUUCGCUUAAUCCACAACUUGUUUUGUUCUAUAAAAUUUUUAUCGUUGAGAUUAGCCAAUCGACUAUUAUAAUUAAUUGUUGAAUUUUUGUGAGUUUUUUAAAAUUUUUGUGUGGUAACUAAGUUUCUAAUUGACUUGUUCACUUUCGUAUUCUGUUUGCCAUCGAUAUAGCACUUGUCUAUUCUUCAACAUGGAGCGGUUGUUUUUUUUUUUUUUUUUGUGGAAAAUG